AUGACGCUUGCUAAGCUUGCAUGUUGGGAGGCUGAAGAGCUGCUAAAGUUCAGUGUAGGAGGGGCAGGAGUGGAGAUCACAGAAAGUUUCCCAGAGGAAGAAACUUCUAAGUUUAGUGAAGCCAGAAAGCAUAAGGAGUCCUAUGCGCUAGGAAACCCCUCAGUCCUGGACAACCUGGGACAGCUGGUCACUCAGACUGUACUCAGACAUGCCAAAAUAGACAUGGUAUUCUUCACAGAAAAUGUGCUGAGCAAAGGCCAGAGCCCCAGAAGAAAACAAGUGUGGACUCAGCGAAGCUGCCCUCAUUUGAGGGCGAACCCCACCAGCCCGGGGUUGGGGGGGAUCGGUGGUCUGUGUGAUAUGGCACUGAGCCCCGUACUGUCGGAGUUCCUGAGAGAGCUCCCAGGCUGGCUCCUGUUCUCUGGCAUCUUCCUGCCCGUGACUUUGCUGCUGUUCCUUCUCAUUGCCUACUUCAGGAUCAAGCUGAUGGAGGUUAAUGAAGAACUGUCACAGACUCCUGACCACCAACACAAUCGUAAGGCUAGCUCUUCCUGGUACCAGAGAGAGAAACGGAUGUGA